AUGGGGUCUCCGAAUUUUAGCCUUCUUUUGAUAACCGCAGCCUUCCUGGUCAAAGUGUCUCUGCAAGGAGAGCACCAGCGCAGGCUUUAUAAUGAUCUGAUGAAGAGCUACAACCCUCUGGAGCGUCCCGUCUACAACGACUCCCACUCCCUUACAGUACACUUCAGCUUCAGUCUCAUGCAGAUCAUGGACGUGGAUGAAAAGAAUCAAGUUCUGACAACUAACAUCUGGUUACAGCUGUACUGGAAUGAUCACUACCUUCAGUGGAACCCUUCCGAAUACCCCGGUGUGACUACCGUGCGUUUUCCAGCCAACCAGAUCUGGAAACCUGAUAUCCUACUGUAUAACAGCGCGGACGAGCGGUUUGACGCUACCUUUCACACAAAUGUGCUCGUUAAUUCAUCUGGGUCCUGCCAAUAUUUGCCUCCAGGGAUCUUCAAGAGCACCUGUUACAUCGAUGUGCGUUGGUUUCCUUUUGAUGUCCAGCGUUGUGACCUCAAGUUUGGCUCUUGGACCUAUGGCGGUUGGUCUCUUGACCUGCAGAUGAUGGAGGCAGAUAUCACUGGCUACAUCGCUAAUGGAGAAUGGGACCUUGUUGAGGUUCCAGGGCGGAGGAACGAGAAGUUCUAUGACUGUUGUCCGGAGCCAUACCCAGACGUGACGUUCACAGUGGUUAUGCGGCGCCGGACCCUUUACUACGGCCUGAACCUGCUUAUCCCCUGUGUGCUCAUCUCCACACUGGCCCUGCUGGUGUUCCUGCUGCCUGCUGACUCAGGAGAGAAGAUCUCUUUAGGAAUCACGGUGCUUCUGUCUCUGACAGUCUUCAUGCUGCUCGUGGCUGAGAUCAUGCCAGCGACGUCUGACUCAGUGCCACUGAUAGCCCAGUACUUUGCCACCACCAUGGUAAUUGUGGGGCUGUCCGUCAUUGCCACAGUUCUGGUGCUUCAGUAUCACCAUCACGACCCAGACGGAAGCAAAAUGCCAAAAUGGACUAGGGUGGUGCUUCUGAACUGGUGUGCCUGGUUCCUGCGUAUGAAGCGUCCAGGAGAGGAGCGGGUGCGUCCGGCCUGUCAUAACAAGCAGAUGCGAAGAGGGAGUGUCUCCAGCGUGGAGCUCAACGUCAGCCAGGGGCCGCUGCAGCCCACCAAUGGCAACACGCUCUACAUAGGCUUUCGCGGCAUGGAAAGCAUGCACUACACCACGUCGUCUGACUCGGGCGUGCUUUGCGGGCGACUGAUGGGAGGGGCCAGUGCCGAGGAGGAGGUACCGUUGUCGGGAAUGAUGAUGGGAGGUGGAGUUGGGGGCGUGGCGAUGGCAGGUGGUGCGGGUGUUGAGACAGAACUGGGUAAGAUCCUGGAGGAGGUGCGCUACAUCGCUAAGCGUUUCCAAAACCAGGAUGAGGACGAGCGAGUCAGCAACGAGUGGAAGUUUGCGGCCGCCGUCAUUGACCGUCUCUGCCUCAUGGCCUUCUCCCUGUUCACCAUCCUCUGUACCAUCGGCAUCCUCAUGUCUGCUCCCAACUUUGUGGAGGCCAUUUCCAAAGACUUUUUCACCUGA